AUGUCCGGUUUGAGUCCCAAUCACCCGACCACCGCUGAUCCCUCUGCCAUGGCCGAUGUCCACACUUCUACGUUCCAUUUCAACAAUCCAACACCCUCCUGCAAGCGGAAACGACCAUCAAAUAAUCUAGAGGACGAUGGUGGCUUCAUGGUUCGCAACCCCAAAAGGCGGCCCACCCCGACACAAUGUCUACCCUUCCGCUUGUCGCCUUCUUCGCGGCCACAUGUUUCAGUUGCUGGCGGUUCUUACCCUCUCUUCACUUCCAUCUACCAGCAACCUCCGACUCCGGUAGACACCUCGGAUGAAGAUGAAAGUUCCAGCCAGUCUUUCAACGGAGCAGAAGACCAGUGGCCGGUCGCCAAGAAUGACUCGAACAAGGCAAUCCAAAAUAGCACGUUGUCAGCCAAGGCUCAAUUCAGCGAUCCGAUUGAUGUCGAGAUGGAUCUGCAAAUGGCUCCUCCGGCCUCCCAGCCGAAGAUACGACGCGCUCGAUCAAACGAUAUCGUGGCUCCUGAGCGCGGAUCCGAUUUCCUUACUGCCAUGGAUACCUUUGCUCGAGAAAGAGUGCCAACACCCAUCAGCGGUCAUUUCGACAACCGCGUCAGUGAUCUCCCCAACGUUCCACGCCAUCACUUCCCACCGCUGCGCACCAAUCUCAGCCCGAUGAUUGAGCAGGAGUCGUGGAUCACUCGAGACGGUCUGCCUAGUCCUGUCGAAGACCACGAUAUGGACGCCGCGAUGGUGAUGGAAGACGAACCCAUCACUGAGGUGCAUUUUCCUACCGGAAAAUACGGAAUGGACGACAAUUCGAGCCCUACAGGACGAACGAGGUCGGCACGGCUUCAUAUGGGUUAUCUCAAUGAUUGCGAAAAGUGCAUUCAGAAAGUACCUGGCCAUUACAGUCACAUUAUAUGGACUUGA